GACACCGUACUUGUAAUUUUCUUGUGGAGCUGCGCAUGCGUAUUAGAGUCCUAUCUGUCAGUCUGCAGUGAGAGCAGUACGAUGGAUAGUGGGGAGGCUCCUGCUCAGCGGCCAGUCACCUUGGACAUCACAGUGGAAGAUGUAAUCAAGGAAGCCCCAGACCCUCCGGAGCCAGUCAGUCAGACCCCUUCCAGAGACAGCAUCCUUCCCCAGGAAGACAGCAUCGACCUUGGCGGAGAGUUUGCCACACCCCAGGAGGACAGCAGCGCUACGCCUUCAGAUAGCCUGAUGGACAAGCUCAACGACCAGAUGAUGGAGAGCGUCAUGAUUUCUGACUCGCCUAAUAACAGUGAGGAGGACGACGUGGGUCCCAUUGACUCCUUUCUGGAUGGAGGGGAGGAGGAGGAGGAGGAGGAGGCUGCACAAGAGACUUCAGGUGACAAAGAACAAAGUGAUAUUGGACAGAACACAACUGAGAUUACAGUUUCAGUGGAGGAACAGGAGAAAGUGGGUUCUGAGGAGAACAUAGAAGAGGAUGCAAAGGAGCAGACAGACGCACAAGAGCAAGUCUCAGCCUUUGUUUCACCUCAGGGUGACACACAGAGCCCACUGGUUCUGAAAAGUGAAGAACCAGCAUCACAAGAAGCUAAAGGGGCGAGCCCAAAAGACGAGUCUGUGCCAGUGUGCACCAUAUUCAGCCAGGGCACCCAGCCCAAGUCUCUGGUUCCUGACGGCUUCCAGCCCACUCUCAUCAAGUCCCCAAGCUUUAGCAUGGGGAGUGGUGGGGGGAGUGCAGAGGCAGUAACCCCCAGCAAGCUGACAGCCCCCCUCGUGUGCCAGCCCAGCCCCAGCCUCAGUAAGUUCUUCACUGACAAUGGACAGACCAAUCCAGCCUCUGACUUCUUUGAUUCCUUUACGGUCGCCUCCUCCUUCAUCUCUGUUUCAAACCCAAAUGCUGAGAUCCCUCCUGGCCCCAGCGCAGCGCCCAUAGCCCACACCCCUGAGCGCCAGCUCUCUUCCACCUCCUCGUCCAUCUCCACCCCUGGAGGACCUCUGGACUCUGGUGCUCCUACCCCUAGCUCAGUGUUCGGCCCUGCCCCUACCGAAUCCACCACUAAGCCACAACCUCCUCCACCCCAAGCAAUCCCAGCUCCAGCUCAAGCCCCUGCCCCCCCAGCCACGCAGCCACAGCCCUUCAACCAGCUCCAGGCUGUGUUCCCGGGCAGCGAUGAUCCAUUUGCGACAGCACUGAGCCUGAGUGAGGUGGACAGACGCCAUGAUGCCUGGCUGCCAUCUGAGGAGACCAGGAAGGUGUUGAUCUCUGUAGCCACCCAGCAGUAUAACCCAGCCUAUGUAGAGACCAACAGACUCACCAUGCCUGGACUCAAGUUUGACAACCUGCAGGGCGAUGCUGUAAAAGACCUAAUGCUUCGUUUCCUGGGAGAACAGGCAGCAAUGAAGCGUCAGGUCCUCACCGCCAACUCUGUGGAACAGUCUUUCACAGGCCUCAAGCAGCUCAUCAGCAGUAAGAACUGGCGGGCUGCGGUGGAUCUGACUGGCCGGCUGCUGACAGCUCAUGGUCAGGGAUAUGGAAAGGCUGGCCAGCCAACCUCCCACACCACCGACUCACUGCAGCUCUGGUUUGUGCGGCUGGCCCUCCUGACCAAACUGAACCUCUUCCAAAACGCUGAGCUGGAGUUGGAGCCCUUUGGCAACCUGGAUCAACCAGACCUCUACUAUGAGUACUACCCCACUGUUUACCCUGGGAGAAGAGGCUCCAUGGUGCCGUUCUCCAUGCGACUGCUGCAUGCCGAGCUUCCCCAGUACCUAGCCAAGCCCCAGGAGGCUCUGGACCGCCUGCACAAUCUCAAAACCGUCUGCCUCGCUUGUCUCUUAAGCUUUGGAGGUCUCGCCUCAGCCGGGUCAUGUACUCUAUGGCCAACUGUUUGCUGCUGAUGAAGGACUACAUUCUGGCUGUGGAGACCUAUCACUCCAUCAUCCAGUAUGAACCCCAGCAGAGAGUGCAGCUGCUCAGCGGCAUAGGGCGCAUCUUCUUGCAGAUCGGAGACAUUAAAACGGCAGAGAGGUACUUCCAGGAUGUGGAGAAAGCCUGCCAGAUGAAAGGGAGCCAGCCCAGUCACACCACAUGCGUGCUGAUGAACAGGGCCUUUGUCUACCUCAGUCAGAACAACUACGGUGAAGCACAUGCAUCCUUCAUUGAAGUCUUGAAAAUUGACCCAAAAAAUCCAGUUGCCAACAACAAUGCAGCAGUGUGCCUGCUGUAUCUAGGCCGUCUGAAGGAGUCCCUGGGCCAGCUGGAGGGCCUGGUGCAGCAGGACCCCGCACUCUACCUCCACGAGAGCGUUCUAUUCAACCUGACCACUAUGUACGAGCUGGAGUCGUCUCGCAGCACCCAGAAGAAGCAGGCUCUGCUGGAGGCCGUGGCCUGCCGGGAGGGGGACAGCUUCAACGCACAGUGCCUCAAAUUGGUUUAAGGGGCAAGAGGGUGAACUGGGAGAGGACACACACACUAAUUCUCCUUCAGUGUGACAGGAAGUAAAAACCCCAAAAGUAGAAUCUGUAGAGAACGCUCAGAGAUUUUGGUGACAGAAAAGUGAAUGUUUAGUGCUUGGCUUGGUUUCCCAAAAUCAAGUUUUAUUCUUACAAAACAGAUGUGGGAAGGCGAGCCCAGAUACACAUUUCCCUUUGUGUCCUUUUGAAGAGUGACCCUGUAAGGAUUUACACAUUUCCUUACACACUGUUGGAUUCUGGAAAGGAAAUGGGCCUGCAGAAGUCCUGUGUGUUGAGUUGAUUAAAAGUAGUUUAACGUUUUUUGGAAAUUCACUUAUUUGCUUUCUUGUUACAAGUCAGAUGAGAGGAUUGAUACCACUCUCAUGUCUGUACCGUAAAUAUUAGGCUACACCUAGCCGGCAGUUAGCUUAGCAUAAAGUCCAGCUCUGUCCAAAGGUUAAAAAACAUUAAUCUAGUCUCGAGGGACCUCAUGGCGAGGGUCACAUGGCCGAGAGGGGUACAUCACUAGCACUACCAGUAGCGAGCUAACCUGCUAGCAUGUUUACUGCCAACGGUGAGCUGUUAUUACAAUGUUGUCUUAUAGGCCACACUGACUGUGGGUUUACGAUGGUGUUUUAUUAUUAUUUUAUGUUACAGUGGACACAUUUCAGCUUUUACAUUGUUUUUACAUACACUCUUCGUUAAGUGAUAUAUUCUUCGGUGAGACAUGGUGAACAGAACUGAUGAAAGCCUUCACUGGAUGUGACAUAUAUAUGAAAGAAAGAGGGCGACAUUUGUGAUAAUGCAAUUGUAAUACAAACAAGUCCUCAAAAUCUGAUCAGCUGAAAGCUAUAGCAUUAAUAUUCAUGAAGGAUAUAUAUAUUUUGUAGAGGUUGUCUUGUUACCGGUUUUUAGUUUGCUUCUCUCAUAAUCUUUUUUGGAAUUUUGCAUCAGCUAUAUUUGAAGCAGUUUUAGAAACUGCUUUGUCAAACAAGGUUGCAGGUUGUUUUUUAGGGACAGCUGUAUUAUGCGUUUAGCAGUUUCCCCCUGCUUCCAGUCUUUGCGCUAAGUUGAACAUACAAGGAGUUUUUAACUGGUUAUGAAACUCAUUUGAAUACUGAUGCCUCUAUAUGACCCAGUGAGAAGAUUGAAUCAAAUCCGGUGGCAGGCAUUAAGAAUAACUUAUAGAAGUAGCCAGUGAGAUUCCCUUUGAAAUCAAUGAAACGAGGCGGUAGAAACACUACCGUUUUUGUCCAGAGGGGCCGCCACAAUCAACACAAGGUCAAAGUUCCUUAUAGGGCAUUUAAGUUAACCAGCUGCUAGCUCAAGCUUCAUAAUUAGUGCGCAGACAUGAGAGUGGUAUUGAUUUUUUCAACUCAAUCUAAAUAAAAGCAAA